UAGCAACAAGAGCAAUGUGGAAAUGGGGAUGGAGGAAAAAAAAGACAAUUGGAAGAAAAGGGGUUGCCUUUAAGACAAAAUCAGCGUUUUUAAAAUAAUGAAUGAAAAUAUAUCUUCGGAAGUCGGCACUUGAUCAGUACCGCUGCAGCUCUGUUCGCCCUCUUCUCCUAAACUGACGUCAUUCUCCUAAUUGUGUGGAAUUGGUUCUCUACAUCUGCUGUGGUACCUCCCUGGACUCUCCUUGGACCUUACUGUAAAGAACUAUCUUCUUUAUAUACUGACAGCAAAGGCAUCUAAUGCAUUUCCCUCCUGCAUAUUCUCACACUCUGUGUCUGGUGCACUUGAUUCAAUCGCUAUCUUGUAAUGGCAGUGCAAGACCCUGGCAGGACAACAGGUUUUCCAUGCAAACAAUGUGGCAUAGUAUGUCCCAAUAUGCCCACUCUACUCGAACACAUGGAUAUUCACCUUCAACAAGAGGAAGAACGCAAGUUUAAAUGUGACGAAUGUGGACGUGGUUAUAGGCAUGCUGGUAGCCUAGCUAACCACAAAAAAACACAUGAAGUGGGUUCUUUUCGAUGUAACAUCUGUGGUAAAGAAAACUCGAAUGCGUUGGCCCUGAAGAGUCAUCUUCGGAGCCACACUUCACAGAAGAAGUACGCCUGUACCGAAUGUGGGAAAGCUUUUCGCCUGGCAUCACAGCUGGCCACGCAUGAGAGGGUUCAUCUUGCCAGGAGAGUAAAGGAGCAGUCAUAUAGAAAGGUAGACAUGGAAUAUCCCACACAUGAAGAUAGACAUGAAACUGAAGAUAGACACGAAACUGAAAAUAAUCACACACAUCUUCUCAGUGAGCAGUCAGCCGGUGUUGGGAUUUCCACAGAAAGUAGCCCAGCUGAGGACAAGCUGGAGGUUGUGUAUAAUGCUCAGUCUGAGCCCUCUGAUGAUGCAGCAAAUCGACCAUUCAGAUGUGAUUUGUGCGACAAAUCAUACAUACACCAUCGAAGCCUGACCAAUCAUAAAAAAACACACCAAGUGGGAAUGUUUGAGUGCACAGUGUGUUUCAAACUGUUCAGUAACAUGGCUGCUCUCUACAGUCACCAGAGAAGUCACAAGGCAAGAAGCGGGACAGACCCUAAUUCAAUGGGUGGUUCAUACACCGGCACGCCAAUGGACCAGUUUUCACCUCAGAGCCAAGAAGCUCCAGUAAAUUUUUGCCAUUUGUGUCAGGUGCUAUUCCCCAAUGAUGAAGAAUUCCAGGAACACAUCCAAAUGCAUAACUCCUCAUCUUUGUCAUUUGGACUUCAAGAUACCUUGUCAGAGAACCACAAUAUAUCAUAUGACAACAGUAUUGCUUCGCCUGAGUCAAAUUUUUAUGCAUCCCCUAUAAAUAAUGUUCCCUCAGUAUCAUCCAUAGAUAAUCAUGGAGGCUUUGAUCAGCCGCAGGAGCAGAUUAGACGUAACGGUCAUGUCUAUUCAGACUGCUCCAAUAAUCAAACACCACCUUCCAACGGCACUCAGGGAGAACCCCCAAUCAUAGACACAAGCAUUCUCAAUCCUGCCCUGACACUGGACACUGACAAUGCAGCUGAAAUGGAAGAGAUGUCAACUGUAGAUUCUGACGAGCGUCCCUUCAAGUGUCAAAUCUGCGGUAAAAGCUACCGGCACUCUGGGAGCCUUAUCAACCACAAAAGGUCACAUCAGGUCGGGAUUUACCAGUGCUCCAUCUGCAGAAAGAGCUAUCCUCACCUGGCCGCCCUCAAAAGUCAUCUUCGUCUCCACAAAGCUCAGUCGUCAUCUUAUGGCCUCAACGCUGAGGGAGACUGGCUCUCCUCAGAGCCCCUGACUCUGGACAACCAACAGGGUUGCUACUCCUCUCAAGACGAGGAGGGGGAUCGUACUCACCCUGUACUUGGUAUGGAUCAGGAGAACGGAGUUGACCACAGCAAUGGAGCUUUGUACCAUGAGCAGUUUAAUCAGGACUUUAUCCAGGAUAUGACUGUGCAUCUACCUCACAAUGAACACCUGAUGCAGAGGCACAUGUGUGCAGACUGCGGUGAGACAUUUGCCAAUAUUGCAGGGAUUAAGUCUCACAGUUGCCCACUGCUACAGCAGCAGCAUGACACCGCGAGCAGUGACUAUGACAGUAAUAUAAAUUUCCAGGGCAGUAAUGGUAACUGCGCCAUUGGAAAUCCAGGGAGUAAUGUAGAGUUCCAUGGUCUGAAUGGUAGCCACGACCAAAGUUACUUUGAACAGAACUUCCAUGACAAUAUGAGCAGUGAUCAGCUGAAUGGUGGCGCAGAAGGUGAUGACGUAGAUGAGGAGGAUGAUGAUGGAGAUCUGUAUCAGUGCUCUAUAUGUGGAAACAGCUACACCAGUAUGAGGGCUCUCAGGAGCCAUCUCCGAGGACACACACAAUCCCAUAGUACUCCUGCAAGCUCAGGGCCCUCCUCCAUGUCCUCCCAUGAAGAAGUGAAAGACGAGGAGCCUGGAGAGAUGAUGAUUUGUAGCACAUGUGGGGAAAGUUUUGCCACUCGGCAAGAUUUAAACGCCCAUCAGCUUCUACACACCCAGGACCAGGUAGAUAAUGUAAAUCAUUCACAUAUAAACAACAGCGAUGUGUCUCAAGGAAAGGAGGAAGCACAGAGUAUCAUCUGCGGCAGCUGUGGCAUCUUCUGCACCAGCUAUCAUCAUCUUGAGAACCACGGUUGCACAGCUGAGAGGACAGAUGAGUCAACACAGGGUAAAGAGGAAAUGAAAGUAAAUGAUGUCGCCCAGUGUGAAGACAUGAGUCACGUCAAAGAAACUGUUGACACCCAGAAUCGUCAGUACAAGUGUGAUCAGUGUGGGCGGUCAUACCGACACCCGGGCUCCCUCCUUAACCACAAAAAGUCCCACAAAACAGGUGUAUUCAGAUGCCUCGUCUGCCAGAAGCGCUUCUACAACCUGCUCGCCCUUAAAAACCAUCAAAGGUCCCACUUUGAUAUUAAGAGGCAUACUUGCCACGAGUGUGGGAAAGCCUUCAAAAUUCAGAAGCAGCUAUUGAAUCACCUGAGAAGGCACAAGGAGAACCAAGCCAAAAUUCAGGAUCUCAACAACCAGAUCCAGGCCCUCAUGCAGAUGAAUGGGACCAGGUCAGAGGGAGGAAUGCAGUCCUUAACUUCAAAUGCCAAUCAGGCUUUUACCUCCUCUCGAUGCUGCAAGCAACUGCCUGGAGGGAAGAGAGGACAAACAAAGUGCGAGACCUCAGUCAAAUCAGAGGACACAGGUGACCAACGGCCUUUUGCCUGUGACCAGUGUGGACGUACAUAUCGCCACGCAGGAAGUCUGGUCAACCACAGAAACUCCCAUAAAACAGGUGAAUAUUACUGCUCUGUUUGUAACAACACUUACUCCAAUCAGCUAGCAAUGAAGAACCACUUGCGCACCCACUUUGCAUAUAAAAAGCACUCUUGCCAAAACUGUGGAAAAGGCUUCAGGGGAAAGAAGCAGCUAUUAGCCCACAUUUGUGCAGGCCUCAGAAAGGAUGGAGCUGGAGGCAAGAGGGGCCUAAAAUCUAGAGCCCUUAAGUGCAAGGAAUGUAAGCAGGCCUUUCACUCUGUUGACCAACUGACAGCCCAUGCCUGUGAUGGACCAUCAGGCAGCAAUGAUGCCCAAACCAAUACGAGUCCAAAAAAAGAGGAGCGACCUUUCAUGUGCAACAUUUGUAAUCGCAGCUACCGCCAUGCAGGCUCACUCCUGAACCACAAAAACACCCACAAGACCGGACACUUCAGUUGCACCUUCUGCUCUAAGCCCUUCACUAACCCCAUGGCUCUGCGCAAUCACACACGCAUCCACACGCAGAAGAAAAAGUACGUGUGUCUCACAUGUGGAAAGGCUUUCCGUCUCGCCAGUAUCCUGCACAACCAUCAGAGGGUCCACAACCGGGUGGCGAGUCACUUCAGCUGUCCUGCAUGUGGGAAGAGCUUCCAGGGCAGAUCAGGUCUGAAGAGGCACCGCUGCCGCCGAGGUCAGGAGAACUCGCCGAGAGCUGGAGUCCAGCAGUCGGAGAGAGGAGACAAGUGCUUCAUGUGUGACCUGUGUGGGCGCUCCUACCGCCACGCUGGCUCUCUCCUCAACCAUAAAAAGACACACUCCGAAAACCUCCACCACUGUACCUUGUGUCUGCAGACCUUUCCUGAUCCUCUCACUCUACAGAUCCACACCCAGAUGAGGCGUCACUGCUGCCCAGAGUGCGGCAAAACCUUCUGUCUGGUCGCACACCUGCAGAGCCACAUGGAGGUGCACUCAAAGGACCGUCCUGUGGCGUGCAGCCCCUGCCAGCAGAGCUUUCCCAACACAGCCAGCUACCAGCAGCACCAGGAAAUGCACCACGGGGCUCAGGACCCCUAUCAACAAGGCGUGGACGAACCUGUUGACAAUAUCUGCUGGGACUCAGGAAUAAAUCAGACCAUGGGGAUGGACGGGAUGCAAAAGCAGGUUCCACCACCUUUGUCUCAUAUUCCAGUAAGCAUCGCUAAUUCAGAGAAGAGCCUCGAGUCCGCUGGCCCAGAGGAGAAGAGCCACGUCUGCGAGCACUGCGGCCGCACUUACCGCCACGCCGGCUCCCUCCUCAACCAUAAGAACAGCCACAAGACGGGCUCCUUCUUCUGUUCCAUCUGCCAGAAGGAGUUCACCAACCUCAUGGCUCUCAAGAACCACCGGCGCAUUCACACAGAGCCGAAGCGCUAUCAGUGUCUGGAGUGUGGGAAGGCGUUCCGUGUGUCCACUCAACUCAUAUGUCACCGACGAAUCCACACCAAAGAGAAGCCCUUCGCCUGCCUGCUGUGCGACAAGAGCUUUUCCAGCAAGUCCAACCUGCGGCAUCAUCAGAAGAUGCACCAGAACACCCAGACCUAUGACUCCUCUUUUAGCAUGGAUGCUAACACGUUUAUGGACUUGGACAUGGGGUCUUUCCUUUGAAUUCCAGAGUGUAGAGAGAAGAGGACAAGUAGUCCUCUUAUUUAUCAGUGUUUCAUCCCUCUAUCAAUAAUUGUAAAACAGUAUUUUUUUCAGAAAGUGCUCCUUGGUCCUGACAGAAGCUCCUUUUGAAGACAUAAAUGCACAUUUCAUUAUUGACUUCCAGUCUUACCUCCACAACAGAUGGUGACAUCACUCAGAAGUCUCCAGAGGGUUUAUCGGUCAGCUUUUAAUAAGGCCUGAAUGUUUUCCAAGAACACACAGGAUCCCAGAGUAAAGGGCGCCCUGGCUGAUGAAAAUAUCAGUUGCCGCUCGUUCCUCAAUGACAAACCAACCAACCAAAGUGAACAGAAAAGUGGAGCCCAGGUCCAUGUACGAACAUUAACACUGAUGACAUGUUUUUGUAAGACAGUACUGUUCUAACGGUGAUCUCUCCUCUCUUGCUACGUAUACUUGUGUUCAGUGCCUCUGUAAGUUCCUUAGGAAACAAAAUAUACAAACUAUAUUUAUCUCUGAAUCCUUUUUGUUAGCUUUGCCGUCAGUGUCGAAGGACUGCUCACUUUCCUUUUGGAUCUCACAUAGGGCAAGCCUGUUGUUAUAAAGUCAAAUACCUCUGGGUGUGUCCAAAGGUCAGUGGCAAAGUGAUUUACUGAAAUCAUAUUAUCAAGUAAAUAGUUGUACUGCUAAUAAUAUUCACGUUGAGUGACAUUGUAUGCUAAAAAUGGAUGUAUUUAUUAAUUUAUUCCUGUUAUUUUCUGUGCAUAUUUUAUUAGAAAAGCUUUCUAUGAAUGUUGUAAAAAAAAAAACAAAAAAAAAAAAAACAACUGUCUUCUAAAACUCAUGUAGCCUUUAAGGGACGUCAUCAGUCGAUUUGUAUUUCCUCAUUAGUUCUCAGUUACAACGGGCAGGAAUGAAUGAGCCAAGUAUUAUUGGCAGCACUCAGGGGAAACCUUCAAAAGGAACAUACCUGAUGUGUAAAACAUUGUAGAUAAUCAGUUUCCGAACUGAGCAUUUUUUUUUUCACCUGUGCUAUUUUUCAACACGUAUGAUUUAGCUCAUGUAACGGUAACCGAAGUCACUCCAGCAGUUAGUCGCAGCUCCACGCGCAGUGCAUGCUGUUGAAAUACGAUCUAUCUUUGAGAAGCAUCAGUUGAAGUGCCAGUGCCUAAAAUGUAAGUCAAUUGUAGCAGUUUAAUGUGAACAAACCUCCUUUUGCUGUACUUGUUAUAUACUGUAAACCACAUGUUAUAUUGUCCGUUACAUAAUUAGAUUUUUUUUUUUGUGAAUCUCCUCAGCCCCAAACAGUUAAACGUCUUAAAGCAGUUGAUAACAAAAGUAUUGCGACAGUGAAGUGAGAGUGGUUCCUUUUUGUCUCCAUGAUUUUUUUCCCCUCCUCACAAAUACUUUCUAUAAAUCAAAUGUAUUUUCAGAUAAACAAAUAUGGGGCCAAAACGCCGCAUUUCUGCCAAGCACAAGUAUUACUACAAACAUACCAGGGCUUUAUGGAUUUACAAAGAACCUCUUUCAUCUUCACCGUUGAGUUGAGUUGAGUGACUUUAUGUUCUGUGUAAAAUGUGCAAUUAUUGAUUCUGUUUUUGUUUUUUUGUUUUUUUUUUUGUCUUCGUUUUUUGCCAAGUUGUCUAACGUGCCUGUUGUUCCUUUUGUGGUUUCUUUUCACAGAUCAUGCAAAAGUGAACACAUGGCCUUUACUUUUUAUAACAGUCUAUAAUUAGAUUUUCUUUAUGCCUUAUACAUUACAUUUCACAUGUAUGAGUAUGUUUGGCACUGGUCAGAAGUAUGAAAUACCUCAUGGAAAGCCCUGCCUACCUAGCAACCGCUACUUAAUGCCUCAUGCAGCUUAAUUGUAGAGAAUACACUGUAAUCAUAGAGAUAGUUAUCAGCAGUAAGACAACUAGAACAGAUGAAGCAUCAAUUCUAAGGUUUUACUUUGUAGUUCGCAGAAGCAGUUUUCUCCAUAAAAUGGUCGUUUCUCUGCAGUUUGUUGUUUUCAGAGUUAUAUUUGCACAUUUGUAGAGACACUUGUAGCCCAAGGAGGACAGGAAGUCUAUAAUAACGCAGCCGUUCUUUUGUCGGCAGGCAACAGAUAAGCUGUUUGAUAGUUCACCUCAGUUAGUGUGCGGGUCGUAAUAUUUAAGCAAUAUGCUGAAAGUAUUGUUUCAGUGCAUGAACCGAGUACAUCUCAUAUGUCUUAUUGUGUCGAGUGCAGUGGCGUCAGAUUCAGUAUACUGACACUAGCCUUGAAAAACCACGACACCUUGCCAUCUUCUUGUGUUAUUUAAAAUCAUACAUGUAUUAAUUGUAAUGGUUUAGAUCGUACUGUAACAUAUUUUCAUAUGCCAUGGUAGCCUACAUGUGAAACAACACAUGCACAUUUAAAAGUUUGUUUUUUUUUUUAAACGAUGUUCUCCAUCUGAUCUCCCUGUGGCACUGAACACGUUCACUCCUCUGUCAGCAGUCACAAUCACAGCCUGGUGUUUGUGGCGUGCAUUAAUCUCAGAGCUCUCUCUCUGUAAAUAUUUGAAGGGAAAAUAUCGGUCGGAUCUAUGUACAUUCAGAUUUUCCUCAGCAGGAGAAAACUGCUAGAUUAGCUAUUGUGUAAUUUAAAAAAAAAGGCAUAUACCACAUGUUCUGAUUUAUUGGAUUUUCAGUGCUCAAAAAUGUCUGCUCACUAUUUAAUUCAUAUUUAUAUAACUAUUUUGUCACUCUGAAACGUAGAUUUUUACUUCUUUGUUAGAACUUAGUUUAGAAUAUAAGCAAAUUAUUGAAAAUAAAACUAGUUGAAAUUAAUUAAAAGACUUGGAAAAUACAGUGU